CAUUUGUCAAUUUGUGAAUUUUGACCAUGUCUACGAAAACGUCAAUUCCAGCAUUGUUGGACAAUCUGCAGCAGGCAUUGGUCUCUGCAUCAGAAUCUACAGAGAGAAUCCGAACGCCAAUUCCCCCAAAAGAUGGCAUUUCUCUCCUCGACGUCAAAAACGAACUUUUCUUAUCCUAUCUGCAGAACCUCGUCUUUUUGAUAAUCCUGAAGCUACGGCAUCACAAAGGCGACAUUGAAGAACAAGACGAGGGAUUGGAUGAUUCAGUUGUCAAAAAAUUGGUCGAAUUGCAAGUUCACCUGGAGAAAGGUGUGCGACCUUUAGAAAGCAAAUUGAAGUACCAAAUCGACAAAGUUCUACGUGCGGCAGAUGACGCCAAACGCAUCGAAGAUGCUACGCUUGUGCAGAAGAAUGGAACUAGGCGUCCUGGGGUCGAAGAUGGGAGCAGCGAGGAAGACGAGGAUGGCGAUAGUGAUGCAGAAUCCUUGGAAGGCAGUAGUCUAAAAGCAACCGAGAUCGAUGACUUGCAAUACCGACCGAAUCCAUCAUCCUUCGUUCGUCCAGCUGGUACUACGGAAACAGAAGCCAAUGGCAGAUCAGGGAACGGUGUAUAUAAGCCUCCGCGCAUCCAGGCGACAGCGAUGCCUACAACCGGUCCGCGAGAGAAGGAAGCAAGAAGGCCCAACAAGUCUGCCACAUUGGACGAGUUUGUCAAUACCGAAUUGUCGAGUGCCCCAUUGGCAGAGCCUAGUAUAGGUUCAACCAUCGUGAGUGGAGGUAGGAGAAGCAAGAGUGAGAAAGAGAAGAAGGAAGAGCAAGAGAGGCGAGAAUACGAAGAACGCAACUAUGUGCGUUUGCCGAAGGAGACCAAGAAAGAGCGUGCCAAGAAUGGCGGGAGAAAGGAUGCUGGAUACGGUGGGGAGGAGUGGAGGGGUCUUGGUGAGGGUAUUGAUCGCAUUGAGCGGUUGACAAAACGCAAAGAUGCACCAAGAAGCGCGGUAGAGAAGAGCAGAAAGAGACCUACGGACGACGGUCCAAGAGGUAGCGGUGGUGCUGAAUUUGGUCAAGGCAUGCAGAAGAGGCUCAAGACCCUUGAUGGAGGCAGGAGGGAUAGAGGACGGAAGUAGAGCAACAAUUACU